AUAUUUAAAGGCUUCCAGCGCAAUUUGAUCAGUCCGAUUCUGUUUCUUAGCACAGAAUGAUUACUUUGAUAACGAUUGUGCUUUCGUUGCUGCAGGUCAUCAAUGGUGAACCGUCGAAUAAAUUUGAAUCAACCCACGGGUGUUUACAGUAUAACACCGAUCAUGGAUACUAUUAUCAGCAUCCGUACUAUCCGACGAGCAGUUUCCGACACGUGAACAUCACCAACAACGGAGUAAAGCUAAUGCGUUUCGGUGUUCUCGGAAAAAACGAUGGUCUCAUCCGAUUAUCACCAAUCAUGUAUCCCUACGAUGGAACUGAAAUGUUUGAAAUAGUUCUAUCUGGAUGGGCGAACACAAAGACCGUAGUCCGUCGCUACAAGCGUACCUCACCAAGCGAACAUGGCGAUGAAGAUGUGUUGAAGGAACAGUCUAGUAUUGGUAUGUUGUCCGUGUACGAACCCUUCAUGUUUACGAUGGCAGUGCAUCCCAACGGCCUGGUGCAGCUGACCAGAGAUGGUGAUUCAGAUCCAUUCCUGGAAUUUCGUGAUCCCAAAUUCGUGUCCGCCAAGCAUGUAGGAUUUUGCAACUGGGACGUUCCGGUUGUAUUUUUCUACGAUUGUCCACUGGAGGUAGAUCAGAGCUUGUGCGAUGGUGUUGUGAUGGUUGAAUCACAAUUUCAUAUGUUUUGCUCUAUCCGAAACCCUUUACGCGGCGCUUGAAAUAUAUAAAGGAUAUGUUGAGUAUUUUUUGACUUUUGCUAAUGGAUAGUACAUAUGAUUGUAUGUUUGUUAUACUUGAAAGAUAAUUCUUGAACAGAUGCUAAUCUAAUUGAGUCAAUAAAACUUUUACCUUUAUGUCAUUAAA